AUGGACAUCUCUCAGUCUCGACGCAUUCUUCGGAAGACCUUUGCUUGUGAUGAAUGCAAGCGACGCAAGAUACGCUGCUCUGGCAACGAAAAUUGCAACAACUGUCGUCGGGAUGCCAAAUCAUGUCGUUACUCCUCACCAUCCCAACGUCUUUCUACUCUGCAAAGACGUCUUCAUGAGUUAGAGCGCUUGAGGGCUGACAUGGAACGGGCAUGGGCCAUCUAUCUUCCAUCAGUUGAUCUCCAGGAUGCACUUCAAACCGUUCGCUCUCAACACGACUCUAUCACCGCUAUCCAGCAAGGCCCACAGAGACAGAAGCACCUCAGUGAGGUUACUCAUGCAACGGAGCAGCCUCCUGCUAGUUUUGCAGAACCCAGCAACGCCGAAGACUACGAGUUCGACGAGUCCCAGGACUUUGACAACUCUACCGACGGCAUGGGCUUUUUGACGGUCGACCCGCACAAGGCCGGCUAUACAGGGCCACAGUCUGGCAUAGCGGCCCUCAAAUUCCUCCAGUCACUUCCACUAUAUUUACCACUUACUAGCUUCAGCCCGUUGUCUUGUCUUGAUGACGACAUGGAUGGUGGCACCAACUGCACUGCACAGCAGAGACGAGCAGAUGUACUCCGCUAUCUUGAUGACUAUUUUGCUAUCUAUCAUCCCGCGUAUCCCAUCUUGCAUGAGGGAACCUUUCGUGCUAGGGUCUCAGGUGCCCUAGCAAAGCCACGCGAUGGUUCUUGGCCCAUCUUGUACAAUAUCGUACUCGCCAUUGGUGCUUUCGUCGGAGAUUCGCAAGGCACCAAAGUGGAUAUACCAUUUUUCAAAGAAGCACGCAAGCAUUUGUCCAUGGAUGUCCUUGAGAAAGGAUCUCUCAGUUAUGUGCAAGCCAUAGUCCUCAUGGCGAACUACAUGCAGAAACGCAACAAGCCGAAUGCUGCUUUUAUUGUGAUCGGUAUAGGCUGGAGUAUGGCACUGGCUAUUGGCUUGCACCGGGAAUUUGGCAUGCCUAGUACUUCCCCUUUCACGAUGGAGAUCCGUCGACGCGUCUGGUGGACACUCUUUAUAUUCGUCUCAGGCGUCCAGCUGACCCUGGGCCGACCAGCCGUCUCGCUUGUUGGGGUGAAUGUUCAUCUACCAGCCAAUGUUGAUGACCACGAUCUAGCAGUAGACAUGGAUGAACUUCCUGAAUGUGGCACCGGCCCAACUAUCACUUCUUGCCUCAUAGCGCAAGUGAAUCUCGCGAAAAUCGCCAAUGUCGUUCAGGUAGAGCUAUUGACGCACCAUUUACCUACUCAACAAAAAGCUGCGGAUUUAGAGCAGCGUAUACACACCUGGUACCAUGAAUUACCGCCCCAUUUUGGGCUCAGCGUUCCUCUAGAACCGCGUUUCGACAUCCCGCGUCGAGUGCUUCUAUGGCGCUCGUUCCACUUGCGCAUUGUUAUCAACCGCCCCUUUCUAUUCCAAAGCAUUGCAGCUAAAUCCGAGUUGGCCACCUCCACAGGUCCAGUCGCUGCCUGUCUCACCGCGGCAGACGAGUGUGUCGCUUCUAUCUGCAGCUUUCUUGAGUCAACGAGCAACCGCCGCCGCGGCCUGACCUGGUAUGCGACCUGCUGGCUGCUAACGGCCAGCUUUGUCCAAGCGACGUCCUAUAUCUACGAGCCAGCACAUAGCUUGGCACCGACAUGGAAAUGUCAAAUACAACGUGCGGUGAACUGUUUAGGGAGCCUGGGUUCUUCCCAUGAUAUGGCCCUGCGAGCUAGAGACGUGCUCCAAAAUAUACUUGAGCACGGUCAUGGAAUUGCCGUUCCCAGCGACAUGGCUCCCUAUGCUUCCAGCCAGCUACCGGGGUCUUUCCGGGCCCUCUGGUUCCCUACGAACGACCAACAAACGUUCAAACCUAAUACAUUAGGGCUGGAUGAUAACAUGUCUGGAUAUGCUCCUGGGUCAUUUAACGCCGAAUUUCUGGAUGCGGCGGGUGGACUGAUGAUUCAGAAUUUCUUCGACAACUAUUCGGAGGAGCGGGGACAAGGUGCUCCUGGCUCAUCCAUUCCUGGGUAG